AUGCGACGCGCAGCUGUCCUGUUGGGGGCAAUCCUGCCGGUGGGCAGCGCGCUGCGAGUCGCAAGGCCAGCACCUCAGGCCGUCGACCGCCGCGCCUUCGCCGCCGCGCUCACAACAUUAAUACCGGGAGUAGCAAACGCAGCGCUGGCACGCGACGCGCCGCCGCCGCCGGGCAUCCUCGAGAAUAGGGACCGCGGCCUGAACGAGAAGGCUUUGAUCGCGAACGAUUUCUACUUCGUGACUGGACGGAAGCCGCCGCGCCCUCGACGUCCAAAACUUACCGCGUGACGAUCCGAAAUGGAACGCCUGGGGCGAGUGCGCAUCCGGUUCUGACGGGUCGAACGCGUGCACGUACAUUCCCCUGAAGCAGCGGUACGACGCCUACUCGAAGCACGGUUUAACGGUGCGAGCCGCCUCCGAGGACCUGGCCGACCUCGGCCAGGCCCUGCGGAAGAAAGAUCUGAACACGGCUUCAUUCUUGCUCGACAGCGGCGAGAAGGGCAAGGCGCCUUCCUCGUUACGCCAGGCGUCGCGCAAGGCCCUGUUGUUGGCCGACGGGCUGCUUAUCUCCGCGAACAGCGGCAGCCUCGGCCGCGAGGUCCUCGUGGCGAGGUACUACAUCAACGAGUUCCACUACGCGACGGAGCGCAUCGCCGAUAUGCUAUCGGGCGGACGACGUCGACUGGGCGGCCGCGGUGGUUGUGGCGCCUCGGCGCGGACUCUCGCGCGCCCUUCUUCGUCUGCGUCAACAAGGCGAUUGUUCCGAAGGUCGGAGAGGGGGUUUCUGGCGGUGCGGGUAUAGCUAAUUCAUCAAAAUGCUAGCGGCAUGUAAGACACUAGGCCUAGCUAGCAAGGAAGCACAGCUUGCCCUGGACACGGCUGGCUGCGGCAUCCGGUGCGGGCGCGGCGUCCCGAGACGAUUAAAAACCACGCGCAAAGCCCAGAGAACGAGUUGUGCUGCGCGCCCGCCGGCGAGGAGACCUUGCGAGCCCAAAAACCGCCCUGCCUCAAACGCCGGCGAACGCCAUCGACGAGACGAUUGAAAAGCACGCGAAGCGCAGAGAACGCCGGGAGAGACGGCGCGAGCCCAAAAAACCGCCCCGCCUCAAACGCCGUCGAAAACGCAGGCACGAUGGCGACCGUCCACACGCGCCUCAUCCAGUACCUGACGAAGCUCGGCGGCGGCCCCGCGCCCUGGGCGCCCGCGAACCUCGCGGGCACCGCGGCACUCUUCGGCGCGUCGGCCGUCUGCGCCGGGGCCUACACGCUCUGGGGGUCCUCCGGCGUGCCCGGCACGCACAAAAGCUCGCUCUGGCAGGAGGCGACGAACGCCUACCUCAAGUUCCAGGGGGCCGACCCGAUCUCGUACCCGGAGGUCGGCAAGCCCAAAUUUUAA